CGUUUCGCUCACACAGACCCGUUCCAAAAUUUCUAAAUCCUCUUCUCCUCCCAACCUACCUUCCUUCCUCUUCUCCUUUUUGUGCUUGAGUUGCAGCUGCAAGUGAGAAACCCUAACCCUAGGUAGCUGAAAGUGACGGCCGGUCAUGGUCUGAGAUCUAGAAACUGCGAUCUGUUUUUGAGGCCGUUCAGGAAGAAGGGUUAUAUCCCGCUCACCAUUUAUAGAGGACUCACAAGAUUGGGGACUAUGUGGAUAUCAAGGUGAACAGAGCUGUCCACAAGGGUAUGCCCCACAAGUUCUACCAUGGCCGCACUGGUCGUGUCUGGAACGUCACCAAGCGCGCCAUCGACGUCGAGGUCAACAAUUGAUGCAGUUGCAAACUAUGCGAACAAGCUGAAGGACCAAGUGCAGGAGUCAGAGUCUCAUUCUGCUAUCCUCCAACAGAAGGUGCUUUGUAGCUCCAUCGGCUUCUGGUGGUGCGCCUGCGUCUUUGAGUUUGGGUCAUGUUAUGAAUGGCCAGUACGGAUGCUUGCAGAUCCUUCCUUUUUAUACAGGCUUCUUUUAGAGCAGGCUACUACAAUUGGUUGCUCUGUUUGUUUGGAGUUUAAGAAUAGGAAGGAUAGGGUAAAGCGAGAAUGGGAUCUUGCACUUGUUCAUAUGCUCACUGUUGCAGCAUGCGAUGCUAUUGUUGUUUGGUUGCUUGCUACUUGUCGUUCAUAUGGGAAUGUAUUCCAGUUUGAUUUGCAAAAUACAUUGCAGAAGCUCCCAAACAACAUAUUUGAAAGAAGUUAUCCACUGAGGGAAUUUGAUCUACAAAAGAGAAUACACUCUUUCUUCUAUAAGGCUGCCGAGUUUUGUAUGGCUGGGCUAACUGCUGGAGCAGUGCAAGGUUCUUUAUCAAAUUAUCUAGCCAGUAAGGAGGAUGGAAGGUUAUCUGUGUCAAUACCAAGUACAAGCACUAAUGCACUUGGUUAUGGUGGCUUUCCUAGGACUUUAUGCUAACAUGAGAUAUCAGCUUUUAUGUGGAUAUGACAGAGCAAUGUUCAACCACUUUUAUGUCAUUAGAGUGGCGCUGUUUUUCAGCGUAGCAUUGAGGAUUUUCUCUAUGAAACACUUAUUGGCUGCUUAUGUUUGCUACAUAUGUGAGACAUUUAAAUUGGUUUCCCACAUUUUUGGUCUGACUCUGCUAUGGGCUUUUUUUGUUUUUAUUUUUUUUCCACCUUCGUGAUCUUUACUAUUUGGUCUUCUAAUGAUAUGUUAUUCUUAUGGUUUCAUCUGAAUGAUUAUGCGUUGGUUGUCCUGAUUUUUCCUCAUUUCAUAUUGACUAUCUUCACUAUCAAUAUGCUUGCCAGUUUUGUGUGUUUUUUAUUUUUAUUUUUUUAUUUUUAAAUAUUAUUAUUUUAUUUAUAAAUUUGAAAAGUGGGUGGGAUGGUUAUGAUUUUACCUGAGCACCGCACUACUGGAUUGAUCUAGUUUCCAUAGCUAGCACCAUUGGAAUAUCAGCAGGGGUAUGCCAACUUGGUAUUUCUUUUUUGUUUAUUUAUUUGUUUGUUUAUCUGUUUAUUUGUUUUACUUUUCUUGUUACAACUAAUUGAGCAAUUUACUUUUGGUUAGAGGGAGAUGGUAUUUAUUUAUUUAUUUAUAUUGGGUUUUGUUUCAUAUAUGGCUGUGUCUGAAUUUGACUUGGGGGGUAUUUGGCUCUUGAUUUAGUGGAG